GAAGUUGGGGCGGGAAAGGAGGAGGAGAAUAGUGAUGAGUAAAGGAGUGCUGAUGUCGUGUCUUGGCGGCGGCGAGGGCUUUGCCUCACGGAGCCUCUCGCCGAGGCCGCACUACCCUUCGAUGCCCAGGUAUCCCAAGCGGAAGCCGACGGCGGCCGGGAAGGAGGAGAGCGGUGAGGCGGAUCUGGAGGCGACGUCGAAAUCGGUGGCCGAAGAGAAGCGGGUGGCGCUGUUUUCAGUCGUUGGGAUGACGUGCGCCGCGUGUGCUGGGUCGGUGGAGAAGGCGAUCAAGCGGCUGCCUGGGAUCCACGACGCCGCCGUCGAUGUGCUGAACGAUCGGGCCCAAGUCAUCUUCUAUCCCACUUUCGUUUCGGAGUACACAAUCAGGGAAACCAUAGAAGAUGUUGGUUUUGGGGCUGCACUGAUUAAAGUCGAGAUGAAAGAAAAAUCAGCUCUUACACACGGACUGCACAUAAAAGGAACGACUUCUUCCUCAAGUAACAUUGAAUAUGUUUUGCAAGCUAUUCCUAGUGUACAGAAAACUUCAGUGGUCUUGGCAACCAAAGAAGCAGAAGUUUUCCAUGAUCCUAGGUUUGUGAGUGCCGACCAACUCAAUAAGGAAGUUGAAGAUACUGGUUGCGGAUCUAUAUUUGUUACCACAGGGGAAGAUAUGAACAGAAUAGAACUCAAAGUUGAUGGGACAUUCUCUAUUUCUUUGGUCACGAGUUCUCUUCAAUCACUUCCCGGAGUAGAUGCUAUAGACAUUGAUCCUGCGCUUCAUAAAAUUACCAUAUCUUACAAGCCAGAUCAGACAGGUCCACGGAAUUUCAUUGAAAUGAUCGAAUCAAUUGGGUCUGGACAUUUGAAGGCAUCAAUAUAUCCACAAGUUAGGAGAAAGGAACUUCACAGGUAUGACGAGAUAAAGCAGUAUUAUCGAUCCUUUCUUUGGAGUUUAGUUUUCACCAUCCCGGUGUUUCUCACGUCAAUGGUGUUCACGUACAUCCCUGUUUUUAAACAAGUUCUGGAUGAGAGAUUAGUGAACAAGUUGAGCAUUGGAGAGCUUUUGAGAUGGAUUUUAUCCACUCCUGUUCAAUUUAUAAUUGGUCGAAGAUUUUACGUUGGUUCAUAUAAAGCAUUGCGACAUGGAUCUGCUAAUAUGGAUGUGUUGAUUGCUCUCGGAACCAAUGCAGCAUACUUCUAUUCACUCUACUCCGUGCUGAGAGCCGCAACUUCAGCAACCUUUAUGGCAACUGAUUUUUUUGAGACUAGUUCCAUGCUUAUAUCAUUUAUCCUUCUGGGAAAGUAUCUCGAAAUUUUGGCUAAAGGGAAGACAUCAAUGGCCAUUGCUAAGCUCAUGGAUUUGACACCUGAAAACGCAAUAUUACUGAGCUAUGACAAUGAAGGAAAUGUGGUAAAUGAAAGAGAGAUAGAUAGCCGGUUAAUUCAAAAAGAUGAUGUCAUUAAAGUGAUGCCUGGUGGGAAGGUAGCUUCAGAUGGAUUUGUUUUAUGGGGUCAGAGCCAUGUCAAUGAAAGCAUGAUAACUGGGGAAUCAAAGCCUGUUGCAAAGAGGAAGGGGGAUACUGUCAUAGGUGGUACCGUCAAUGAAAAUGGUGUAUUGCAUGUCCGUGCCACCAAUGUUGGAUCAGAAAGUGCACUUUCACAAAUUGUUCGUCUUAUCGAAUCAGCUCAAAUGGCUAAAGCGCCCGUUCAGAAGUUUGCUGAUCGCAUCUCUAAAUAUUUCGUUCCUCUGGUUAUUGUUCUUGCAACAUUCACUUGGCUCAUAUGGUUCUUAGCGGGAAAGUUCAACUCCUACCCAAAAUCCUGGAUACCAUCUUCGAUGGAUAGCUUUCAACUGGCUCUUCAAUUUGGAAUAUCUGUGAUGGUGAUAGCAUGUCCAUGCGCUCUUGGCCUUGCGACUCCCACUGCCGUCAUGGUUGGAACAGGGGUAGGUGCAUCUCAGGGUGUGCUGAUCAAAGGGGGACAAGCGCUGGAAAGUGCGCACAAGGUGAACUGUGUUGUGUUUGACAAGACGGGCACACUUACUACCGGAAAGCCUGUUGUUGUCAGCACACGGCUACUGAAGAACAUGGUGCUCCGUGACUUCUACGAGUACGUGGCAGCUGCUGAGGUUAACAGUGAGCACCCCUUGGCAAAGGCCAUAGUUCAAUAUGCCAACAAGUUCGGCAGAGACGAAGUGAACCACGUUUGGCCUGAAGCACAAGACUUCACUGCAAUCACAGGCCAUGGUGUCAAAGCCUCGGUUGGGAACAAACAAGUCAUUGUCGGGAACAAGAACUUGAUGGUGGAAUCAGGCAUCGACAUCCCUGCCGAAGCCUCUGAGAUCCUUGCAGAAACUGAGAGAAUGGCACAAACAGGAAUAAUCGCCUCCAUCGAUCGUGAAAUCACUGGAAUAAUCGCAAUAUCCGAUCCACUGAAACCUGGUGCUCGAGAGGUUAUCUCCCUUCUUAGCUCCAUGAAGGUGAAAAGCAUCAUGGUAACAGGAGACAACUGGGGUACCGCAAAUGCGAUCGCAAAAGAGGUCGGAAUAGACACUGUUAUGGCAGAAGCAAAGCCAGAUCAAAAGGCCGAGAAAGUAAAGCAACUUCAGAUGUCUGGUUUUACAGUGGCAAUGAUUGGGGAUGGAAUUAAUGACUCACCAGCACUUGUGUCUGCUGAUGUGGGGAUGGCCAUAGGUGCUGGCACCGACAUCGCAAUCGAAGCCGCUGACAUUGUUCUUAUGAAGAGCAACCUGGAGGAUGUAAUAACUGCCAUUGAUCUCUCCCGGAAAACCUUCUUUCGGAUCAGUACGAACUACGUGUGGGCACUCGGUUAUAACAUCGUCGGCAUACCGAUCGCUGCCGGAGUUCUUUUCCCGUUCACUGGAUUUCGGCUACCGCCAUGGGUUGCUGGUGCUGCGAUGGCAGCUUCUUCGGUCAGCGUCGUCUGUUGCUCUCUCCUGUUGAGGAAUUAUAGAAGGCCCACAAAGUUGGACACACUUGUAAUGAGCAAAGUAGUGGUCGAUUGAAAUAUGCUCAAGUGAUUUUAGUUUCCAGAUAAGUUCACCAUAAUGUAAUUACAAGUCUUCAUUCAAGUAUUUGUCUGUGUGCAAAU